CGACGUUCUCCAUCAUCUCCCUAGCAUCAUCAGCAAAAUGAGCAACGCCCAGGCAUACUACGAGCUCUAUCGCGGGAGCAGUCUCGGACUCUCCCUCACCGAUACCCUCGAUGACCUGAUCAACGAAGGCCGCAUCGAGCCCCAGCUCGCCAUGAAGAUCCUCUCCACCUUCGACCGCAUCAUCACUGAGGUCCUGGCGGAUAAAGUGCGCGCGAGACUGACCUUCAAGGGCCACCUCGACACCUACCGCUUCUGCGACGAAGUGUGGACCUUCCUCAUCAAAGACGUCACAUUCAAGCUGGACAACCAGACCACCGUGUCCGCAGACAAAGUGAAGAUCGUGAGCUGUAACAGCAAGAGGCCUGGGGAGGUGUAGCGGAAAUCAACCAUGUUACGCAUGCAGUCGAUACAACACGGACGGGCGUUUCUUUUUUUUUUCUUUACUUGAUUUCAAAAUAUCUGAGCUGGGUCAUGGGGGUUGCUUGAUGAUUUUUCGGCGUUUGGAGGGUCUACGAUAUACUGAGGUACUGGGGUUGUAUUGUAUUGCGAUGUGCUGCAAAAUAUGAAGAAGGGAG